AUCCGAGAGAGUCCAAGCCGUCGGGCAGCCGACGAAGAAAGAGGAAAAAAAAUAAAAUUGAAAGGACAAAAGGGCGGAGCUACCAAGAUCUGCAUACAUGACGUGGGCCCGGCGUGGUGAUGAAAUUCCAGAACAAGCAUGCUUUCCAGGCCAUCCUGGACUACGACUAGCGCCUGCACCUCAAGAGCUGACGGAUUUAGUCAACUUAGCAUACAGAUUUCCAGCGAAUGGUGUGUUUGAAGGACCGGGCACGCCUGUCAUGCGCAAGGGUCUAGAUGGAAGCGGAGCCCGUGAUAAGGGACCUGAGCAGGCUAUUCAGUGGCGCCGUGGCGGAGCGUUGGGCUACAUGGUAUGGAGUAGAUAGGCCGUCGACUCUUCUCAGCCAACAUCUCCCACAUGUGUUGACGGAGAAGGCUGUCUCCCACGCAGAAGCUAAGCUGUGAUCAACACGGAGAGGCCCGAUGCAACGCGAGACGGCAAGGCAGGUCAUCAAUUGACGACUCAGGGCGCCAGGGUCCCUAUCCCCCCUCUUCAGGAGGAGUAGUUGUAGG